AGAGUGGGUCGGCUCACUGCUGCAAUUCUCUCUGUCUCACUCUCCCUCCCCUCAUGCAUUACUUUCCCCUAACCUGGAGCACCAGCUGCAUCGGAAGCCUGCAGAGCAGUGAGCAGGACAGGGGACGGUGCUAGCAGCCAGCAUGUUUCAUGCAACGCUACAACACCAAGACAAAAGAGCUUGAGCCCGUUAACUUCCAAGAACACAGAAAACUACAGAGGAUUGCAGCUGGAGCCAGAGGAAAAGGAAAGAUGACAGACAAACACUAGAAAAGAUGAGCCCUGACCCGUCCAUCCAUGGACUACAUUAGACCCCUGAAGGUGUUCUGUGGUAUCUGGCACCAAGAUGUUAGCAGCAGAUCCUUUAAGUUGCACACACACAGCACAUCCCACAGAUGCUUGACUGGAUUGAGAUCUGAGGAAUUUGGAGGCCAAGUCAACACCUCAAACUCGUUGUGCUCCUCAAAUCAUUCCUGAACCAUUUUUGUGCAUGAAAGACUCCACUAAACUGUUGCUGCUGUACAAUGAAAACAACCUGGACAAUGACCCACACAGAGAGAGCAAAGACGUAGCGUUCACCCGGAGUUCCCUCAACAGGAUGCAUAAUGCACUGCAGGACAUUCCUUAGCAGAUGGAAGAGUUUGCGUCUCUGCGAAAUGAGUCUGAGCAGGUAGGAGAAAGAGAGGAACUGCUACUGUUGUCCCGAAAGCUGUGCGGCAGCCUGGGAAACCACAUGGACAUCCUCUGAGACUCUGCUACAUUCCUGCAUUCAAAGGCUGGUGAAGAUAUCCUGGGAACUCAAGGCUAACAUUGGCAUGGCAUUAAUUUAACACUGCAGUGUCGACUUCAGUCUGACUGAGCACACUGGUCAUGUUUUCAUAAAAGUCAAAUCGGCAAUCCUAUUAGGUCGGACCUUGUAUCAUUUCUGGAUCACUUUGUACAUGACACAAGUCUGAACAAAGCUGUCACAUUAAUGGAUGGACAUGUAUGAGCAAUGGCAUGAUUUGGGGAGGAAUAUUUUCACUUUUCAGUACCAAUAUUCAUCCAAGAACAGUACAGAGUUUGUGUGGCAAUAUUACAGCACACCUUUUCUCAUUUGUUUUGGUGCAUGAUUUCAAAUAAUCCAAACAAAAAAUAUGCUAAAAUUGUUUUUUUUCUAGGUAUUCAGAACUAUUCCCUCUGAGUUUUUGCAUUACCUGCAGCAUCAGACAGCAGCAGGAUUCUUAUGUACAUCUCUAAAGAAAGAGCUGGUACAGUGGAACAACAGCGUUGGUAACUUCAUCAAAUUCUCAGUGAUAUGCAUUAUCCCAAGAGACCAUGAAAAGCAGAUCAGUACAUGAUCAUCGGUCUCCAUGUCUUCAGAUCAGAAAGAACCCUGACCAUGCCGGCGUGCUCUGCUUCUCUGGUCUGCCUGCUCCUCCUGCUACUGUGUGGGCUGCUCGGAGGUUUGGUGGUGUGUAUCUGCCCCUCUGUGUGUUCCUGCAGUGGGGGUCACCGUGUUGUGGAUUGCUCUUCAAGAGGCCUAACCAAACUACCGCCUGGUCUACAGCACAACAUUCGCUUUCUCAACCUCUCUUUUAACAGCUUGCAGGGCCUGGAUGGCCAGCUCAGCCACUAUGCCCACCUGCGAACCCUGGACCUGUCCUAUAACCGCUUGGAGAGUCUACCCCCUGCCUUGCCACGGUCUCUGUGGGACCUUCGCGCAGCAGGGAACCAUCUACGCACGCUAGACAAAAAUGACACAGCUUAUCACUGGAAUCUGAAAGUACUGGAUUUGUCAGACAAUGAGCUGGAAAGAGUGGUAUUUAUUAACAACACACUCUUAAGUCUCCAAGCUCUCAAUCUUAGUUACAACAGGUUUUGGACUGUACCAACAAAUAUACCGCAUAACCUGGAAAGCAUUGAUUUGUCACAUAACUAUCUGGUGCAGAUCUUACCCAGAUCGUUGGAUCGAUUGCCGAAGCUGGCUCAAUUCUAUCUGCAUGCUAACCGCUUCUCAUGGCUGUCUGAGGGGAUCUUUGAUAAGUUGAAUGGGCUGGAGGUGAUCACUCUUGGGGAUAACCCCUGGGCUUGUGAAGAAGAAGAAAACAUAACAAGACUCCUUAGAUGGGCUGAACAAACCCAUGCAACUGUCUUCGGCUGCCCCUGUUAUACAAGACCCAUCUGUGGGAAAACCCAUCUGGCAACAACAGGGAAGCACUCUGCUCUGUUCACAGAGCCACCACUCUGGGUUAACAGCAGAGGUGAGAGGCAUGAUGGUCAAUCACCUGCAAGGACUGCAGAUGCCACAUCGAGCUACCAGGCAAAAUCUGCACUUUUUGAAACUGGAAUUUAUCAGGACAAAAGAGGUGUGAAUGAAUCUGAGGACCAUAUUUUGUUUGUCUGGACAUCUUCCACAAGUUUUAGCAGUUUCUCCACGCGCACAAGCACAGCACAACCACAGUCUUCAAGCAAGAAGCCCAUAGUCGCUAACUCACGGAAUAAAGCCCAUGGACUCCACGGUGAGACGAAACAAACUGUUACCCUGAUGAUUGUAGUCAUGACAACUGCAUUCACCACCUUUUGAACCACCUGGACUGGAUACAGAACACAACAUCUGCCCUAUCAUUUUGGACAGUUAACAAAUUACAUUGCUUAGCAACCACAUUUUCAUUUCCCUUGUAAAAACUCUUGCAACCAUUAAGUCAGUCUGCUUUAAGUCAGUCAAUCCUUUGAAAAUUCAGUACACAAAGAUUAUCUGUAUAAAGACAGAAAAUUACUCAGAAGAUUUAAUACAUGGUUUGACUGGUGUGUUAAUGUCAAUGCUCAGCUGUUAGCAUAAAGUAAUGCUUGCACAUUGA